AUGCCACGCUUCUUAUCUUUAUACACCUUUAGCCUCCCGGUGGCUGUCUUCAUUGCGAUUCCGUUAGCUUGCGCGGCGGUUGUUACGACUUUGGUGGCGGCGUCGAUUCUGGCUGUGAGGGUUACUUUUGUGUAUAUCGAGCUUGUGCUGGCGGUUGUGCCGCAUUAUAUUCUGAGGACGGAUGAUCCGCAUAGCAAGCUCUCGCAUAGGUUUUUGUCACCGAUCGCUACGUACGACAAUAGCCCAGCUACGACCCCGACGAUUGAGCGGCGAUCGAGACGGCUGAGUAAUACGUCGUUCAUGUCAGGUCUUACGCCCGCUGCGUCUGCUGUUUCUCUUCCCCUACCACAGCAGUCCGUCAGUUUUGGGAGGGAUUUCGAGGGCGUAGGAGGAUGGCGUCUUGAUCAACCAAGCGACGAGGAACAGCUAUGGACGAAAAUCAACUCACGUCUCGAAUUACCCGCCGAAUCACCACGGCGGUAUCACCAUCAAAGAUCGUUGACAACUGGGGGGUAUUCCGGCGACCAGAGAGAGAGGAAUCGAAGCCCGGAGCUGUCGAUGAGACGGAAUGGCAGCUUUAGCCCGAACACGAAGAGGCUAAGGACACCGACGCUUACGAGGAGUGGGUUUACGACUGUGGAUGGAUAUUUUGGGAUGGGAGGUGGGCAGGAGAAUGCUAUGGGUGGGAGUUGGAGCCCGAGUGCUCUGAGAACGCCGACAAUGACGAGGAGGAAUUCUGUGAGUCCGAAAGAAUGA